AUGGAAAUGCCCGCUGUCACCAUUUGCCGUGAUCCACCCUACAAAGAGGAUGUGCUAAAUAAUCUAUCCAGAGGUGAGUGCCCACAUCCAAAAUAUGUAACCUGUUGGAAUAAGUAUCCUUUCAAUGAAUUGGAGAUUGAUGAAUUUUUCAAAAAUUCAACAUUCGAUUUUGAAGAGACAUUUCUCGGGGAACAGUAUGGCCUCGACGGGUUGGCGGAGAACUUAGAAAUAACGAGCCGCUUACAUUUCUACCUGGGACGCUGCUUUACACUGAAGCCUAAAGUGGAGUUGAAACGUACGACGCGUACUUCUGGUUAUUCGCUGAUGCUUACGCAUCACAUCAAUUCAGGUACAAAUACGGAUAUGAUGGAAGAAAAUCCGGGAUGGCAUAUUUAUAUACACGAUUAUCGGCAUAAUUUUACAGAGCUCAAUGUAAAAGGCUCUGCGCGUACAGAAUAUAUAUUUGCCGAAAUUGACGAGGAUAUCGAAAUUAAAUUACAAAGUCAGCAAUUCAAAAAUAUUGAGUCCCGAGACGCGCCAUGCUCUUCCUCAAUAAACUACAGUGAUAUGGAGUGCGCCGAGUUGUGUGUGUUCCAAGAUUUAGCCACUGAAAGCAAUUGCACAGGCCCAUGGAUGAAUGGUGUCGCGCAGAAUCCGUGCAACAAUAGCAAGUCAAUGCGGAAUUUAAUCAAAAACUAUGGAGUCUACUACGAUAGUGAAGAAGACAUAGAAUGCGAUUGCAAACGUCCCUGCGAUGCACGCAUAUAUUCAACAUUUAUACAAAGUAGGAAAACACUUCAUUCAGGACAGAGAUACACACAAAUAUGGGUAUAUUACUCAACAAAAUUAGUAACGAUGAUUGAGGAACGUCUUAGUUAUGACACUACACAAUUCAUUGCUGAUAUUGGUGGAUCAUUGGGUUUUCUCUUGGGUCUUUCGGUGCUGGGACUGAUUGGUAUUUUGGAGCAUUUAACCUUAUUUUUCUGUGGUGGCUUGAUUAAAAAGCAAUUAAAACACGAGAAACAACUGCAAGAUGAAGCGGAACGACAGUCUCAAAGGAGUGAUACAACGGACACAACUCUUGAUAUGUCCACCAUAUCCAAAGAUAAUGAGAAAUGUAUGAAAUUUUAAAGUACACUAUAUUUCAUCUUUGGUCUUUGUCAGGUCUUAAUUAUCUACUAUACGGGCAUAAAACCCAUGUUUGUUUUAACUAGUAUGCAUUUAUUAUAUAAUAUACUAUUUUAUUUAUCUGUGGCUGGAUAAUCUAGAACGUCAUCUGUGCCAAACAAAAAAUACACAGUGAAAUGCCUGGAAAGCGGGACGGAGAGUAUAGUUUUCGUUUUUUAAUUGUUUGGAGAAAACAUAUUUUUUGUUAAACGCUUUUGUUCAGAAAUUCCAAUAAACAGAAGACCCGGAUGAUAGUGGCCCUUGAAGUCCAUUUCAUAGAUGGUAUUAAUAUCAGCAUGGCGGCCGCGGUAGCCGAGUGGUUAGCAUUGCGUACUGACAUUCGGAAUGCUCGGGCUU